AUGGCUCAUCUCUCCCUCCCAGCAGUGGGCCUCCUGCUUCUGCUAACACUGGCUCUGGUGAGUAUUUACCCUGGAGCGACUAAAACCCUUCACUUUGACACAACAGGAUAUGAUACAGUCCAUGAGAAAACCUGUUUUAACAAGACAGGGGUUUAUUCUGCAAGAUAACCAGAUCACUAUACAUCAGCUAUAAUUAGGGAUCAUUACAAAAUACACCCAUAUAAGACAUAAUUGCACAGCUUUGAUUGGCUUUCAACACCAGAGGUUUCAAAGGCAGGACUGUAAAUCAUGCACUGCCAAGUGUAAUGUUAGUUUUAACACCCUGUUUACUCAUUGGUUACACAAUGUACUGCAUAGAAUAACAUACAUGCACAAGAAUGCAAUGGUACGCAGUAAAUGCAGUUUGGCUGCAGUGACUGACUCUGUGUGCUGCAACUGUGUUUAGCAGUCACAUGCCAAAUGACACUAUUUCAUGUGUUUGUUCACAGCUGUGUUGAUCUCAAUACACCAAAUUGACGUGUAGGUGCUGUUUUUCAGACAUGUAUGGACAGAAGAGCUGUAUUUGAAAAAGUGAUUUAUCCAUUUAAACUUGCACAACAGUCAAGUAUCCAUUUUUGUUGGAGUACAAAUAUCUUUUUAAAUCAAGUGAACCCAAAAAGCCAAUAUGGGAUCUAAUAGAUAUAGAUUAAUUAAGUGUUUAAGUUGUAGGAAUAAUUGUGACAUUUGAUUGUUUUUCAAAUAAUGCACUCCACAUUUGUUAUCUCCAGUAAUAUGCAUAUCCUUUCAUGCCACGCACACAGGGCCUUUAUCUGGGUACAGGGAAAGUGUUGAUACAAACAUUUCAAUUCUCCAGCAGACAUUUAGAUUUUUUUCAGAUUGAUUGUUGUGUAGACUGUGUUUGUUGAAAGAGUAUCAAUCAGUAUUUCAACAUUUUAUCAUUAGAUUGAGAGAAACUUUGGUUUUAGGUUGAUUUCUUCUUGGCUAUCAGUGUGUAAUGAGUUGAAUUGGUGAGGUUCAAUUGGAAACAGGUCCAAGGUUUCAGGUAAUCCUCUCUGCAUGUAAAGUUGUGAGUCUAAACACAAACCAGAUUAACCUUAAAUGGUACACUUUGACAAAUAUCACUCUUAUAGUCAUGCAGAAACAUCCCUUCAUUAUUGUAUUUGGUGACAUAUGAGCAUGUUGCCUUUGUUAUUGGUAGAUACUAUAGCAUGAUUGAUACCUCUCAGAAACAGCCUUUUUGUUGCAAGAAAACUGCAGAUAUCCUAAGUUCGGUCACAUUUUGCUAAAGGUCUUUUCUUGUUUCCCUCAAUGCAAAGAAAAGUCUACAGAGAAAACAUCCUUUUCUUUUAUUGUUUCUCUUUUUUUCUCUUUGAAUGCCAUAAUGUGCGUUUGGAAAAAUAUAAAUAUCUACAGAAAGUUUCAUUUCACUUUAUCAAGAACAAGUUGCUCCAGUUGUUAACAACAGCAAAUAAAAACAGGGUUCUAAAGUGACAUUUAUCUUUUUUAAAAUGUCAGCAAAUAUGAAUACAGUAUAAUUCCAAGAGUGAACACAUAAGAGUCUCUCAGAGUAAAGCUUCAGCUGAGGUUUGAUUUAAUGUUAAUGUUGUGCUGCCUUAUCUGUGUUGAGCAGAACGUUUACUGACGCUAAAUUAAAUCUAUAAAAUAAGUAUCUACAUUUCUUCUUGCAUUUGAUCACUGUUUAUGUAAACAUAUUUGGCUCUGUCCUCUCCAUAGUCAGGCUGCAUUUACCUCUUGGCAACACUGGGGCUAAACUACCAGAUUCAAUCCCAUCCAGAUUACCACACCCUCAGAAUAAUAACAGGGGAGCCAGUGUGGUACAUUUACUGCCUGGUUGGAGAUAUUGUACUUCUGUCAUGUUGCUGUUAUGUCACCUACAUCAGGUGUUGAACAUGACUGUUGUAGCUGCUUCAACAACAGCCACACCUCAAAAUAUGAUCACACAUGACAAGGUGCCAAACACACGCAAUCACAACAUCAGACUGUCACCUUGCUGCCAAAAAUCUUUUCACAGUUGUUUUUGUAGCUUUGGCUUAGCUCCUACUCACAUGCUCCAGAGCAGAUGCACAUGCUAGCAAAGUGACAAUUUAUCAUCCUGAGUGCUGAGAUUCUGAAUGAGCACAGGCGUACUCAGGACCUCACCUCAGAUUCAGCAAUGUCCGUCUUUAUUUUUAAAGAACAUAUUUAGGCUUCAACCACAAUACGAAAGAUCACACCUCAUUUUAACCAUCUGUCUUUCCUUCAGUCUAAUAAUGAAACUAUUUUAAUCUGCUGUACUUAAAGUUUCUUACACCUAGGUAGAAAGUAAUAUAUGUUGGAAUGUUUUCGAUUCCUGCCGCAGAAAAUUGUGUAGAUUCCAGUUUUGCAUAAGUGUCUGUGUCUUUUUUAAGACAGAGUGGAUUCAAUUUCAAUAAUGACUGAUAAGAGGCGAAGUAGUACACUGUAACUGCAGACAAGUGUUUUCAGUGUUAACAAACUUAACUGUUUUAUGCUUUGCUAACUGUGCAGAAUACAGGCAACAUUAAACAUUGACAUUUGAAGAAUCACAUUUAUUAUACAUUUAGAUGUUAUCUUGGUAAGUUUUAACAUUUAGAAACAUUGUGAUGGUUUCUGUGCUGUUUCCUGCUUCUUGUCUCCUUUUUCUGCUGAAGACUGGUGUAACAAUUUGAAUUUAUAAUAAAUGUCCUGAAAUAAUAAUCUUAAAUCAUGACAUUUAUGCACUCGUUGAAAGGGGCACCACCCACCCUUGAUGGUGGGAAAAAGAAAGAAAACAACAUUAAAUUAAGUAAUCAAAUGUAGGCUCAAUCUUCAACAGAUUUAAAUUAAUCUGAGGCUGGAAUUCUCAUUUCAGGGACUUCACUUCUGGAAGGACCACUAAGAGACAACAACUUAAAAUUAAAUGGAUACUUGAUUGAAGAAUUCUAAGGCGAUAACAUAAAUUCAAUAUAUGGCAAUCAAAUAAUGAUAAUAAAGGCACACUUCCAAAGAUAAAUGGAGGAACAAUUUUAAAAUGAGCUAGAAUUAUUGAGGUUAAUGAUCGUGAGUAAAUAAGUAACAAUUUAACAGCGUUAACAGCAUUACAAGGGUAAAUUUUGAGAGAGAAUUUGGUUUAGAAUGUGGUGGAAAUUUAGUAAAAGAGCCAAAUGUUAACUGGGAAUUAAAGCUAUGACCGCAUGAGACAACAUCAACCCUGUUCUUCAGAGAAACAAGAGGUUUGCCUACUUAUUUGAUGACAGGUCUCAGAAGAUGCCCUUGGAGUGGGUCUGCCAAAGGUCCAGGCUACAGGUGGUUUUGGUGGAUUUGGCGGAUUUGGCUUGCAGUUGCCAGCCGAAUGGUGGAUCAGAUGUCUCACACAAGCACACACCACCUGUGGAUCCCUCAGCACUCCUCUCUUAUAACCUUGUGGCAAACGCAGGCUCAGAAGAUGGUCUGGGUCAGCCCGUCUAGCAUUUGGAGUUAGCUUUACUGCAGAUUAAUUCGCGCCAAUAACUUAAGAAAAUAAUUUUUCUGGCCGGCGAUAUUAUCUUCAGGUGUCACUUUACUUUGACAGUCUAUGCGUGCAGGUAAUUACUUAUGACAGUGAAGAAACUUGGGUAGUUUCAUCAAAGUUUCUGGUAACAGGCUGAAAAGUUAAGGCAAUCAAAAAUGUAGAAAAGGUACACUAAACAACGACGGGACACAAAAGAAAAGAACAAAGACAAAAGAGAAAAACUGAGAGAUAAACUUAGAGUGUGAACAGAGUAAACUCAAAGCUUUUAACCCGUUCGAGUGGGGCGUGAACCAGAGGGGGGUCAACUGAUCCAACCACUGUUCACAACUUGGCCUGAUCAGGCUGGCGGGCAAAUUAAUUUUAACUUGCGGGAUCAGUAAUCGAGUUAGAUCUAUUUUUCUCACUUACUAUGAUUAAUGCAAUUGAUCAAGUUACAUAUGAUAUACUUUCACCCAUCGUUCCUUAUGAGCAGAUGCAUCAAAAUCACAACAUUAAAUGCAAGGCGAAACCCUAAUUACUGUUUUCCUGGUAUCCUGUAACAUAAGGAUUGGCAAGCUCUUUGAAAGUCAGAAAGACCAAACUUAACAACCAAAUUAUCUUUUCUAAAAGAAACACAGUAAGGCAAAAGGAACACAUAAGUGAUUAUAUUAUGUUUGGAUAUAACAUUGUCAACCUGUGCUAGUAAUUUAUUAAACUGUAUUUUCUGGUAAGGGAGACAAAACAUAGCAUGCAUAAAGAGUUUUUCAGUUACAAUUUCCAAUAUUGCUUAACUACUUUGGGAAUACCAUUCACUAAGCUAAGGAGGUAUACAACAUGCAACAUAUUUGAAUUCAGCAAGUACAUAUUUGGAUUCUGACCAAAACUACAUCAAGCAAACAACACUAGGAGAAGAUCUUGAUCUAUGGAAAACCUGGAAUAAAUUUGUGAAGCUAACAGUAUGACUUGUGAACUUGCUAGACAAAUGCGACAAAGGCGGUUCUACUACUGAUGUUGUGUCCACUACCAGAGCUUCUCUUAUGUUUACAGUACCAAAAACUCAAACAGAAAAGGGCUCAUGGGUAAACACAAGGUGGAAUUUAGGUGGAUUCCAGAGGAUGUUGGUGUUUUUAGUUUCUCUGGCCUCUCUAACCUCUGGCCUGGUUACUCUUUCAUAGCAAAUUUUGGUGCAUGGUAAUUGUACUUAAUUUCCCUGUUCAUUUCUGUCUGCAACUUUGGCUGCUUAGGCUGCUUACACAUAAUUUAUUCUCAUUUUCUAUGCCUUUCAUUAUAGUUUCAUGUUUUACAAAGUAAAUAUUCAGUAGCAUCCUUCACUUUACAGCUCACCAUGGCCUCCACUGAAGUCACUGUGUGAUGUGAAUCUGCUGCUGUUUGGUUUCAGGUGCACAAUGCUGAAGGAAGAUGGAAGAGGACUUUGCUGAGACGGAAGAGAGAGUGGAUCCUUCCUCCUGCAAAAUUAAAGGAGAACACAGAUUAUAGCGACAGGGAUUUUAUUGCCAAGGUGAUCUAGAUUUUGGUUAUGAAACUGUACUUCCCACAAUUAACAAAUGUGGUGUCGAAAUGCAUUAAAAAUACUGGCAAAGUUCCCAAAUCAACAAGCUUUCGGGUGAACAAAGACUUAAUUUCUGUCACAACCCUGCAGUGAGAAGCCUGUGUUGACAUGUUUGACAGAGACUACUUCAUGAUAGAGACUACUUCAGUUUUUUUUUUUUUUUGCCACAGCUCUGUGAAACUAUAGGGAAACAAGCCUUGGGCUACAAAGUGACUCAUACUGCUUUACCUAUAGAGAACAAUACACAUUCAAAGUGGUCACAUCUGGAUCAAGGUUUUCUCUUUUUUUGCUGUAAAAUUGUCAGGACAGAGCUCAACACAUAGUAAAUGUUACAGGCUUCCAGUUUCUUUAGGGGUUUUUUAUGGAUGCAUUUUACCCUUGAAUUCAGUUGGCAUGUUAAGUAAUUCUUCAAUCAUUUAAAGUUUAAAAUCUUUCUUUUAAAAUGUAUAUUAUAAUUUAUAAUUCAAGAAAAUAAGAGCUCUAAAAUAUACAAAACAGCAUGAAGCUGUUAACAAGUCUUAAUAACUGCAUUUAUAUUUGUGUUUAGAUUAGAUUAGAUUAGAUUAGAUUAUUUAAAAUUGGAUUAGAUUAGAUUAGAUAGAACUUUACUGGUAGAAUUUCUUUUGGAAAGGUUGCCUCGUGGAAGUGUUUGAUGCACAAAAUGAAAGAUACAGCUCACACAGCGCAUUUCUGUCUCAGUCUACCUCCUUAAAAAUUUUGAGUUUUGUCAGCUGUAGAGUGACUUUAACACUGUCAGCAAAUAAAUCAUUAUUCUUCUCUCUUUAUGAAUUCAAGCAUUUGUAAAACAUUGGGUAAAGCUCUAUCAUACAGUUAUACAUAUAUUUGACUGUGCUAAGUAAGAUAAUUUGUACACAUUGACUCAAGUGUUAUUACUGUGAGCUGAGGUUGAGUAGCAUGUGGUUGUGUGAACUAAAAUUUAGACCACAAAUGUCAAUAUGAACUUUUGUGUCCUAGUCAUAAAUAAUAAAUUUUAUUUGUAGCACCCUUUACAUCCAAAGAUCUCAGAGUGCUACACAUUAAACACAAAGAUACAUCAUAAUAAAGGGAUAUAAAACUUUGAAUACCUAUUAUUACAUGUUCCUCUUUCCACACUCAAAGACUAGUCCUUAGGAUAAAAACAAAUUUUAACUGAAGGAAAGUUUUAAGACUGAUCUCUUUCAAGGUUUUAUUCACCUAUGCCAACUUCCCACAAACAAAGAAACAGCAGGGAUAUUCUUAUCUCAGAAGAACGACCACAUAAGUUGCUUUUUAAAGCACACAUUUACAGUCAGCCCCCUGCAAUAUCUUGAGUUGGUUGAUACCUGCAUCUUCAAAUAUGUCUUUUUAGAUUCGCUCUGAUAAAGACGUUGCUGAAAAAGUGGAGUAUUAUCUUACUGGAGCAGGAGCUGACAAGCCACCCUUCAACCUCUUUGUGGUGGACCAAAACACAGGCUUUGUACGGGUCACACAGGUUCUAGACCGGGAGAAAUAUCCAUCCUACAAUGUAAGUCUUUUAUUUAUUAUUUACACUGUAUAUGAAUAUUUAGUACACUCACAGUUAUGGCUAGCUAAGGCUAGGAGUUCCUCCUCAUCCUUAUUUGCUCAUCUAAAAAAUAAUACACUGUUUUUUCAGACAUUUCUUAGCUUCUAUUGCUCAGAUGGACAUCAAAUUCUUGUGACAGUACAUCAAAAAUUAUAAGUUUCAAGCAUUUGCCAUUAGUACUGACACAUAGAUUACUCUUGACUUUUUAUGGAACCUGAUCAAUAACUACAGUAAGGAAUAGUUACAAGGAAUAGUCAAAUCUUGCAAUGAGGGCCAUCCUUUACAGAAUCACCUUGCCGCUGUGAAGAAACCUGCAAUAUUCACAAAAUUUAUAUUACAGAUAUUUUCACAGCUACUCAUGUAAUGUUAGAAACCAGUAGUGUGUCAGAUAUGAUGUGAAUUUAUUUGUGCUUGGUUUGAACACAACAGUAGAAUGCAAACUGACAGCCAUGAAGAUGGUUCAAUGGCAGUGGAAGCGUUUUGUGCAUGCUCCAGUGUUCAUGUGUCAGACUCUGAGCUAGUGGUUGAGCAUGUAUGUAUUGCUAGGAAGAGAGGUGGUAAAAAAAAUCUUGGCAGAUUAAGAAAGGUUAUAAAAAAGGCUAAACGCAAAAGUAUGAUUUUACACAACUUACAUGCUCAUAUCAUGAAAGUGUGCCAGAGCAGUCAUCAAUGACACAAAGCAGCUUUGAUCCUUUUAUACAGAUGCACUUGUACCACACAUUCACUUAGUCUAUUCAGACAGUCACCUCUUCCUGUGUUCAAGGGUAAUGUUCAGUGGAUCAGAUGUUCUCACAGUUUGAAAAAUUUAAAAAGAAACUAACUUUAACGGUCGUCUGGAGGUCCACACUUUGAGAAUGACUAUAUUUUUCUUUAAAAAUAUCUUUUUGUUUGUAAAAUACAGGGUUGGUAGUUGAUGAAGUAGCUGCAUGUUCAGUUUCAGUCUGACCUGCACUUGGGCUCUACAUUAUUUAUAAGUUAGUUUUAUUUAUUGGUUUGAACUAAUCUGCACUUUAUAGAUGACACAACUAAAUUCAUACAUCAGUAUACCCGUGACUUCCUUACCCAUGUGUAUAAUAGAUUUUUGGUUAAGGUUGACCAUAAAAUGUAGACGUGUUUUUGAUUCUGAAAAAAAUAAGCAGACUUUCUGACUAUAUUACUGAAUGACAGCUCAUUGAUAAAAUGUCUAUCAUAUCUUUCAUGUUCAUAUUACAGCUUACAGGAGUAGCUAAAUACAGAAAUGGGACAACAGCAGAAGCAGACAUCCCACUGACUGUCACGAUCCUUGAUAUGAACGACAACCCUCCUUAUUUUGAGCUGCAUUCUGGCAAUAUCUCAGAGGCAAGCAAGAAAGGUAAUGCUUUCAUUGAAUUUGUCUGUCAAUAUCUUCACAUAUUGUUAAAAAAAGAUUUAUUGCCUUAGUCCAAUUACAACUAGAGUUUUAAAAACAUGUGAGUACAUUAGUCUGACUGAAAUCGCACAUCAAACCUUUCAUAGUCAGACUAACAUACAUUAAUGAUGUAGGUGCUGAUCAAUUUUCUCUGUCAUGUAUAUUUCUCAAUUGAAACUGGCCCAAGCAUUUUGUGCAUGCUCCAGUGUUCAUGUGUCAGACUCUGAGCUAGUAGUUGAGAAGCAUAUAUAUUGCUAGGAAGAAGAGGUGGUAAACAAACUCUUGACAGACGAAGAACAUACACCCCAUUAGCUUCUUGCUAACACGUUUUGCUGCCUGUUUUGUUAUGUAGCACUCACUUGUAAUAAUUACUAUAAAUUAUUUAUUUUAGAGGUAAAAAUUAGUAAAAAAAGAUAUUCAUUUAAUCACCCCUUCCAUUGUGCUUUAUCACAAAAUGUUGUUUUUACUCAAUGACCAAUUGUAAUCCAAAAAUAUAAACUAGAAAUCCUCAGUUUAUUGUAUUAUGGGUGUAAACAUUAUGAUGAGAUUUUAUUAGAGAUUUCAAAUACUUAAUUCUUGUAGCAUUGUGAUGUUAUUUACAAGGAGCACACCUACAACAAACACUCCCUUUUCAAGGAUUUAUUUAUAGCAGUUGAUGUCUGAAAAACUCCAAUAUCUGUUUGUGCAAGUGCAAAAUUUUCUCUGCAGUUUUUUGAGACAUAAGUUGCAAAAAAAACAUAUACAAUGGAGAAAAGUAAUAGCACACUGAUCCCAAUCAUACUGCUUGUUUUAAUAUAUCAUCUAUCCUACAAUUAUUCAAACUGUAGGACUAGUUAGUGAAUCAAAAUUUGUCCAUAAGAGGAGUAAAGGAAAUCCCCAGUACAACAGUGUCCCCCAGUGCCUUGGUGCAUUUGUGUUGUAGCCCUAAUAAGAACCAAGUAUCACAAAUAAGUUACUACUUAAUAAUAAAAAGCUAUGGUCAGAAAACCCUAAAUGCUAGUAGCAAACAGACACUUGUUUCCUUCAAUAAAACAAAUUUAAUCUGAAAUACUACGAAUAUGUAAAUAACAAGCGCAACUGCAUGUAUUGUAAUCACGCAGUUUUUAGAAAAAAAAUCUUCUUAAAACAUGAAUCCAAGCAUGAAUCCAGCUGUUAUAAUUUAUUUUCUUAGUUGUUUAAAUGUUCAAACCAGCUGCUAUCUAGGGUUAAAGCUUAAUUUACAAAGUGUAAAACCAAGGUAUAAAUGUUAGUAGUUUAGCAUUCACACAGAUGUACAAAAACUUCAACAUACACUGCCUAUAAAAACUAUUUCCCCUCCUUAGAUGUUUUUCUCCUUCUAUUGCUUUUAAAAAUGAAUUCAUGGUCAAUGUAUCUUUUUUUAACAAAAUAAACAACUCUUUCAUGUCAAAGUGAAAACUGAUUUUUAUAAAGAUAUGUCAAUUCGUUAAAACUUAAAAUGAAGAAAAAAAUGAUAGCUUUCACCCCCUUUUAAAGUGACAGACCUAAUUCAGUUGACGCCCAGAAUGCUGGUAGUCUCACAAUUAAUGAAAAGGAGAUCACCCAAGUGCAGUUAGUGUGUCUUAAGUGGCUGUACUAUAAAGACACGUGUUUGGAAGGGCCAGUCUCUGGUUCAUCAGUGUUCCUGCUAAAAUCACACAAUGAAGACAAAAUAACACUCCAAGCAACUCAGAGAGAAGAUUAUUGAGAAGUGCAAUUCAGGGGAUAGCUACAAAAAAAUAAAUAAAUAAAUAAAAAAACUCACUGAACAUUCCCCAGAGUUCAGUUAAAUCCAUCAUAAAGAAAUGGAAGGAGUAUGGCACCUGUGUAAAUCUGAGAAUGAGACUGGAGAGGGGGGCCACCAAGACAACUGCGACCACCCUGAAGGAGUUAAAGGCUUCAGUGGCUGAGGUGGGAGAGACUGUGCACACCACAACUGUUGCCCAGGUUCUUCACCAAUCAAAGCUGUGUGGGUAAGUGGCAAAAAAAAGCCACUUGAAAAAGGCUCAUAUCAAAACCUGAUUCAAAUUCGCUCAAAAGCAUGUGGGAGACUCCACAGUCGACUGGAAGAGGGUUCUUUGGUAUGAUGAAGAGGCCGAGUCAAAUGUUCUUAACAAAGUUUGACACACUGCAUCUUGAAAAGAUUGCUGAUCAAAAAAACAACUAGUGCUAAAAUUGCAUCCCAGAUAUACUCUAUAGUGUCGCGUGUGGUGUAUUUUGUGGACACAGAAGCAGACACAGAGGCAGAUAGCAAAUUAAAGAUGUACUUUUCAUGUCCAAACUCAGGGGAAAAAGACAUGAGGAAAGUCCAUUUUGCUGACUGGCUGUUGUGUGGGCUGGAGACACUGUGGAGAAACAGAGGAGAUGGAAGUGAGAAGACAUACAAAAAUUCACAGGGAGCAAAAAGUCACAAGCACUUAUCCGAGAAGAAGGCCAGGAGAUGCGUCUGUACCACUCAGGAGUGAAGACAAUACUCAGGCGCUGAGACUGAGGGCUGCUAGCUUUUUAAAGGGCCUUGAUUGAAGGGCAGUGCAGGUGUGGCGUCUCACUCAGCCUCAGCGACCGGGGAGGGGAGGGUACAGAGUCAAGCCAGACCAGGAAAACAAAGAAAAACAGGAAGUCCAACCAAAAUAAAACAAGAGGAGGAGGCAUUUCACCACAGUACCCCCCUCUCAAUGAAGGGGUGAGCGGCGUAGAUGUCGUCGAUGAGUUGAUGGUCCAGGAUGAGGGGAGCGGGAGAUCCAGGAUUGGAGGUAUUGGAAGCCUCGACCCCCGAGGCUGCACGUCCAGGAUUCGUCCCACAGUGAAGGCAGGGUGGUCGUCAAUCAUCCGGGGGGGUGGAGGGGCAAUGGAAGGAGGGCUCGGGUGCACGAGGUGACAGGCUUUAUCAGGGAGACAUGAAACAUGGGGUGAAUUUUGAGGGAUGAGGGAAGUUUCAGUCUUACCGCUGAUGAGUUGAUAAUUUUCUGGAUCGGGAAGGGACCAAUGAAGUGGGGGGGACAGCUUGCGGGACUCUGUUUGCAGGGGAAGGUCACGGGACAAUAACCAAACCAUCUGACCAGGACGAUAGUCUGGUGCUGGAGAGUGGUGAACGUCAGCUAGGCCUUUGUUGCACUCGGCCGUGCGGGUGAGUGCGGCCCUGGUGGAUCUCCACACCUCCCGUAGACGCCCAAUGUGCUCCCUCACCGACGGAAUGACCACCGGGUGCUCCUGUUCGGGAAACGGGGGGGCUGGUACCCAAAACAGCACAUGAAGGGAGACAUAACCGUGGCCGAGGAAGUGAGGGAGUUAUGGGUGUUCUGGAUCCACGGGAGGUGAGUACUCCAGGACGCUGGAUGAUGGGCCGCCACACACCGCAAAGCCGACUCGAGGUUUUGAUUGGCCUGCUCCGUCUGGCUGUUGGUCUGCGGGUGGUAGCCUGAGGAGAGGCUAGCUUCCACGCCCACUGCCUGGCAGAAAGCUUUUCAGACCUGGGAGGAGAACUGGGGACCACGAUCUGAAACUAUGUCGAUAGGGAUACCAUGAAGUUGGAACACAUGAGACACUAGGAGAUUAGCAGUUUCUAAAGUAGACGGGAGCUUGGGUAAUAGGAUAUAAUGCACAAAUUUGGAAAACCUGUCUUUGAUGGCGAGUAUGACUGUGUUACCUUCAGAGGGGGGGAGACCAGUGACGAAAUCUAGAGCUUUGUGAGACUAGGGGCAUGAGGGCACAGGCAGAGGACGCAGCAAGCCAGCCGGAGGUUGAUGGGAUGCUUUGCCUCGGGCACAGACGGAGCACGCAGCAACAAAUGCCCGUACGUCCCGGACCAUCCCUGGCCACCAGAACCGCUGCUGAAGGAAUCGGAGGGUGCGUUGAAACCCAGGGUGGCAGGUGAGUUUAGAGGAGUGCCCCCACUGUAGGACCUGGGAACGUGCAACCUCAGGGACUAUCAGGAGGACCGGUUCCAGGGUCCGGGUGUUUCCGGAGGGCCUUGUCCACCACGGUGUCGAUCUCCCAAGAGGCAGAGCCGAGGAUACAGGAGGCAGGGAGGAUGGUGUCCGGUUCUCUGGGUCUGAGGUAGCCGAGGAGUGGAUCCGAGAUAGGGCGUCAGGUUUGAGGUUGCGGGAGCCGGGACGAUAGGAGAGGGUGAAGCAGAAUCUGCUGGGGAAGAGGGACCAGCGGGCUUGCCUGGAGUUGAGGCGUCGAGCAGAACGGAGAUAUUGUCUUUGUGGUCAGUCCAGAUGAGGAAAGAGUGUUGUGCUCCUUCCAGCCAGUGUCUCCAUACUUGGAGUGCCCACACAACAGCCAGCAACUCACGGUUUCCCACGUCGUAAUUGCACUUGGUGGGUGAGAGUUUCCAGGAGAAGUAGGCGCAAGGAUGGAGCUUCUGGGUCUCGGAAUCCCUCUGUGAGAGGACAGCCCCCACUCCAGAGUCCGAAGCGUUGACCUCCACCACAAAUUGGAGAGAGGGAUCUGGGUGUUUGAGCACUGGGGCGGAGAUGAAGAGGGACUUGAGCUGACGGAAGGUGGCGUCUGCUUCAGGGGUCCAGGAGAACGGGACUUUGAGGGAUGUGAGAGGAUGUGGGUGAAAGGCACAGCCACCUUGCUGUAGUUCCAGAUGAAUCUUCUAUAAAAGUUUGUGAAGCCGAGGAAUUGCUGGAGGUCUUUGCGGGAGGAGGGAGUGGGCCAGUCACGGGCGGCGUGGACUUUCUCUGGGUCUGGGAGUAGCUCCCCCUGGGUGAUGAUGUAUCCCAGGAAGCUGACAGAGGAGGCAUGGAACUCACACUUCUCAGGUUUGAUGAAGAGACAGUUCUCAAGGAGGCGCUGGAGGACGAGUCGAACAUGUUGUUGGUGUUCUUCCAUGUUGCAGGAGAAGAUCAGAAUGUCGUCCAGAUAAACAAAGGCAAAUUUGUUGAUCAUGCCGCGGAGGAUGUCAUUGAUGAGAGCCUGUAACACAGCUGGGGCAUUGGUGAGGCCAAAGGGCAUGAUGAGGUACUCAAAGUGGCCCAUGGGUGUAUUGAAGGCCGUCUUCCACUCGUCACCCUCUCUGAUGUGAACCAGGUGAUAGGCAUUACAGAGAUCCAGUUUAGAGAAGACGGUGGCGUUGCAGAGAGGUUCAUAGGAGGGAUCGAUCAGUGGCAGGGGACAUUUGUUUUUUACGGUGAUUUCGUUGAGUCCGCGGAAGUUGAUGCAGGGACGGAGAGAGAAAUCUCUCUUUUUCACAAUGAAAAAACCAGCAGCAAGGGGAGAGGAUGAGGGCCGAAUGCAGAUGAACGGAGGGCUGCAGAGGAGACCCGCUGACCGCGACAGAGGAUUGGGAGUCUACGCUAUGGGUAGGGGAAUUUAAUUUCUCUUCCCUUUGUCUCUCCCUGAGGCGAUUGUCUAACCAUAUGGCUAAUGCGAUUAGCUCCUCAAGUGAGGAGGGUUUGUCACGAGCAGCUAAUUCAUCUUUUAGCUGUUCGGACAGACCAUGAGAGAAUACACCCUUUAACUCUAGUUCCCCCCACCCACUCUCGGCCACCACUGUGCGGAACUCAACAGAGAACUCCGCCACAGACCGAGAGCCCUGGGUGAGGGAAAAAACAACUGCUUAGUACAUUCGGGACCCUCUACACGAUAAUCAAACACCUUGCGAAGUUCCUCAGUGAAUCUGGCAUAUGAGGACAACAUCGGCAAAUCUUUCUCCCAAAUGGCAGUAGCCCACUUAGCGGCUUUGCCUCUUAACAGGUUCACGGUGUAGGCAAUCUUGGACCGAUCCGAGGGAUAACUUAUUGGCUGUUGAUCGAACACUAAAGCAAAGCGGAGCAGGAAACCUCUGCAGCCCCCAAUCUCCCUAGCAUACGGCUCAGGAGGAGGGAUAUAGGGCUCUUUGAUGUUAGGAGAGGGUGGAGAAGGUGGAGAGGGUAUCGUACUCACAGAAGGGGGAGACCCAGAUUGCUGCGGUGGAAGCCAAGCGAGGAGUUGAUCCACCAGUUGCGCUACUUGGACGGAGAGACCUUGGAAGGGCUGAUUCAGGCCCUGGAGCAUAUCCUCAUGCUGACCGAGGCAAGCCCUGAGCUUGUGGACGACCUGUCUGGGUCUGCUGGGUCCAUUAUCCUGGGCUGAGUAUUCUGUGGCAUGUGGUGUAUUUUGUGGACCCAGAAGAGACACAGAGGCAGAUAGCAAAUUAAAGAUGUACUUUUAAUGUCCAAACUCAGGGGAAAAAGACACGAGAAAAGUCAGUUUUGCUGGCUGGCUGUUAUGUGGGCUGGAGACUGUGGAGAAACAGAGGAGAUGGAAGUGAGAAGACAUACAAAAAUUCACAGGGAGCAAAAAGUCACAAGCGCUUAUCCGAGAGGAAGGCCAGGAGAUGCGUCUGUUCCACUCAGGAGUGAAGACAAUACUCAGGCGCUGAGGGCUGCUGGCAUCUUAAAGGGCCUUGAUUGCAGAUGCAGUGCAGGUGUGGAGUCUCACUCAGCCUCAGCGACCGGGGAGGGAGAGGGUGCUCUGGAACAGAGUCAAGCCAGACCAGGAAAACAAAGAAAAACAGGAAGUCCAACCAAAAUAAAACAAGAGGAGGAGGUGUCUCACCACACUAUAGUAACUUAAGUUACACACGCAGGUGAAGUUUUUGUAAGCAAACAUUGAUGUUGAUUAUCAUGGGAAUAUUUAUCAUGCUGCAGACAGUAUCAUGAUGACAGCUUCAGGCAACUACCUGCACAAACAUGACACCACUUUAAGAUGGUGAAGCUACUGUUUGUGCUGCGCCGCAAAGUGUCCUGUGAAGAGGGACACUGCUCCUGCAUAAAUACUUAACAGCUUGUAUACCUGCCUUAGACCUAGCUUCACUGAGUGACGCAGUCCUUAAAACAGUUUUGAACAUCAAGUUUUGUAGAAUAAAAAAAUAAUCUAGUCGAAUUGAAUACGAAUUGUGAGGUUGUGAUUAAACAGUCCAUAACUUUGGGAUUUAAAUGCCGCCUAUCAAUUCAGUAUCUGUGCAUAAAUUUUUAGGGACAGUAGAUGACCUCGGGUUAGAUAUGUUUGCAGAGGAAGAUUUAUCCAGAGAAGCAUGUAUUAUACAUUUAAAGUCACCAGCUAGAAAGCUCAGGCCAUAAGAAUAAGAAUAACUUCAUUUAUCCCCAAAGGGAAAUUCAAUCCUUUGCAAUGAUGGUUUAACAUCAAAAUCCCUUGUGAUAUAAACUGGGGUAAAUCAUUAUUUGGGGCAUAAACAUUAAGAAUAAUUAUAGGUUUUUCAAGAAUUGAACCCUUUAUAAAAUCAAUCUCCCCUCUGAGUCUUUUUCUUCCUGUUCCAAGAUGAAAGAAAGAUUCUUAUUUGUGAGAAUGGCUGCGCCUUUCUCGUUCUGUGGAUGGGAGGAGAAGUAAACUUUGCCUACCCAAUCCCUUUUAAGUUUCAGAUGUUCUGUAUCAGAUAGCCUUGUUUCCUGAAGUAAAGCUAUGUCAAUUUUUUGUUUUUUCAAAUAUGUUAAACUCACUACUUGGAAUGUCCAUGGACUGGGACAUGUAAUUAAAAGGAAGAAAGUUUUAAGUUAACCAGACAUAAAAGCCACAGAGCUGGAAAAUAGUUGAGUAACAGGUACUGAGUAUAGAGAAACUGAUCAGGGUACAGGCAAUAGUGUAAGAAAGUGAGCCGAGGCUCCAGUGGUUCAGCAAAAGGAAACUAGAACACUUAAAAUUUAAACAGCAUCGCUUACCCUCCCAAAUUCCAUUCCCAAACAAUGGGAAAGAGCAUCCCCCAAAGAAUUCACUGGGCAAUCUAGGCAUAAUCCAAGUCUUAAUGCAAGUUAGAUCACAGUAACAACUUGGACACCUGAAACAAUGUCCACACCCCAGGCUAAGUGAUGAACACCACCGAGAAAUACCCUGGAAUGAUGGGUAUCAGAUUUGUGCUUGAAUCACCAAAUUGUGCAAGAUGUACUUUAAAUUAAGAUUACACUUCAAAUUGACACAAGGGCAUAUGAAUUACUAAAGCUAAAUUAAAGAAUGCAAGUGCUAUAUUUGUAGGAAAAUAUGGAAAAAAAAUAAAAAGCCCUGUCGAGUAUUAAAUAAAACUGAAUACAAUACAAACUUAUUCGUUUUAAUAAAUUGUGGAAAAAAGGACUUAAUAUCACCUUGAUUCCAGGGGAGAGAGUCACAAAUUAAAUCAGCACUGCUGUAUAAACAGUUCUUUCAGAGUCCAUGUGGUGGUCCCAAAAAAAAAAGGACACAUUGUCUAGUGGGGCUAUCUAAGAGUUUGCAGAAAUGCAGCCUCUGGGGUGUCAAAGAGGUGGAUUUGACCUUCAUGGAGAUACCCAAGGCGCGCUGGGUAGGCAAAUCCACAAUAUUUAUUAUGGCGAGCCAGCGCCUCCCCCAUGGCAUCAAACUCUUGCCGCCUUCGCAGGACCGCCGCAGACCAGUCGGGGUAGAUCCCUAGCUGGGGGCCACCAUGGUGGAUGUCACAUUUAUUCAUCACUGCCCUGAGUACAGCCUCUCUUUGGGAGUAUCGUAGAAACCAGACCAAGACGCUUCUUGGGGGCUUGCCUGGAGCUGAAGCGAGAGCCAGGGCUCGAUGAGCGCGUUCGGUCUCCAGUGGGGGAUUGUCAGCAGGCAGGCCGACUAAAGUCGGUAAUGUUGUCUGGAGAAAGUCUGUGAAUGUUGCCCUCCGCUUUCUCUGCAGGGUUAAUAAUUUUCACGUUUUUACGUCGGCCAUGUUUUUUAACGUCGUCAAUUUUCAGCUGUAACUCCUUCACUGUUUUUUUCCAUGGCAGCUAUGCAGGUGUCGUGAGCACCUUGGUUGUCCUCUGUCGCCUCUCUUAAGCCUCAUUCAUACACUUUUCCAGGUCCUUCACUCGGUUAGAGAGAGUCGACAGCAAGCUCUCCACCGAGGUGACAGAUACUUUCAUUUCACUUAAUGUGCCAUCAAUAGUGUCCAGGCGAGUGCCAACUGAUUCAUCCAUGUCGUUCACCCGGGAGGUCACAGACUUUAUUUCGGCUAAGGUCUAUUGCAUCGCAGCUUGGUCAGUUAGCGCUAACUCUGAGCUGUUAGUAUCACCUUGCUUAGCCUGACUCGGGAUACAGGGCAAGGCUGCUUGUGUUUCUUUUUAACGGCUAGGCCCGACGGUGAAAAGAUAGGAAAGUCCUUGUCUCGCUGCGGUCUAGGCAUCUCUGAAGCACAAUUUGGCUGAUGUUAUUGAGUUGUAGAAAAUUACGGAGUUAUUUGAAGCCCAGGGCGGAGAACAAUCUCAAGCAUCCAUCUUGAUCCGGAUCACUUGACCAAUCGAUCAGACCACAUUUUAAGUUUAAUAGAAAAAAAUAACAAAAAUUGACGGCCCAGAACCACAAUCAGAACACAUUCACUGGUAAUAAUAACUUCUGGCCACUUGUGCAUGCAUUUCACUUUUCCUGUUUUACCUGUGCCCUAUUUAACUUACAAAUGGUUGGAUCUCUGUUGGUGGAUUAUUAAUUAAGCAGUGACAAAAUGAACAAAAUUCGUAAGAAUAUUGAGGUCUUCAGGACUUGCAACCUGGAACACAGUAGCAGUGCAUUAUAACAGAAUAAGAGUUUUCCACCCUGAGUGUUAUGUCAUAAGUAGAUGGCUGCUGUGGGAAUAAGGUCUAGACUUCCCUUUUGCUUAGCAAGCUAUUGGGUGGACCAGAUCACAUAUUUGACUCAGUCUUGUUUUAAGACUUAUCAACAAGUCAUAAAUAAAUCUAGUCAAUAUCCCUCCUAGCUUCAUUAAAAUCAUUUGGGAACAUCACAGUGAACCUUUAAUUUUCCUCUCUUUUGGUCUUUCUGUUGUAAAUUGUUUGUUGGAAUCUGCAGAGUGACAGCAGUGAGAGGCCCUAUAAAUAAUACAAAUAUGGUCAUGGGAAACUGGUUUAAAUCUGAGUGAAGGCAUUGACUGUCAUUUUUUUCAGUAUCCUUGAUAUCUUUCCUCUGGUGGCACUUUAGGUGAAACCAUUCUGUUUGACCGAUUCAGGCUCCUGUGAGGAAAAUUUUAUGAAAAGGUGAUAAACUAAUGCUGAUACCUCCUUAUGAGCUACUCAGACAAAAAAUACCCCAUAAAGACUUUUCUAUAUUGUAUUUUGUAAUGUCUUUACAUGCUGCUGCUGGGUAUGUAUCAGUCAAAAUGUGUUAUAUGAUGAUGAAAAAAGAGCCUUUGCUGACACAACUAAUUUGUCCUCCAGAAAAUACUCACACAUGUGAAGGUCAAGAUCAGCAAAGACACAGGAGAUACUGCAAUGUUUACAGGGGAAGCCAGAGUCAGCAUUAACCAAAAAGCUCAUUACAGGAGCUUUAAUAACAAAACCACCUCCAGUUAUACAUGCAUUCUUUAAAAUAAGUCUUAAAUCCAGAUUAAUCUAAGAUAAAGUCAUCACCUACCAGAGUCAAAAACAUUGUCUGUCUGAUUACAGUCUGGUUAUACAGCAUCUGAGAAUGAGUUUCUGUAAAGUUUAGUGGACUGCACUAAGAUCCUUUUCUUUUUCUGAUUCAGGAACCUUUGUAAUGCAGAUCACAGCCAACGACAAUGACCAAGCUGGAACCAUCAAUUCAAAUAUCUCCUACAGUAUUGUCAGUCAGGAGCCAGAGAGCACAGGCCACAUGUUCUCUAUAGACAAAUAUUCAGGAAAACUGUAUGUCAAAGAGCCCACACUGGACAGAGAGGUGAGGCUGCCGCUCACUCCACAUCAAAUACAGUAUAUCACAUAUCUUCUGCAGAAUUUUGUUGUGAAAACACUUUGUAAAAACUUUUAUCCACUCCUGAUGAUGUGAUUGACAGGCAAGGUAAUGCCAAAAAAGAAAACUGAACCUUGCCCGAUAAGACAACAAUGAAUAUGUACACUUUGGUCAAAUACUUUUUAUACAUUCACAUCUUUUCAACCAUUUUCACUUAAAACCAUAAUAACAGGCAAAGUUAACCAAUACCUGAAACACAAUGAAACACAGUUAUCCACUUGUCCCCUUUUCACUGAGUGUAAACUGUGGUGUGCUGAGAAAAUGUUGAUUAGGAACAAAAAGAUCCCUGAUGUCAAGGAUUGAAACAAAGAAAGUUUUACAGCCACUGAGUUUGCCCUGGGCUACUUUCUCACCCUUUAAAACCAACACCAGGAACUUGUGUGUACUUGAUUGACAUUUAACCCUGUUAGGUGUCCUUUUGCACAUUUUGAUUUGUUGUUUCUUCUUUUCCAGGAUAUUGACUUCUACAGACUAGUUAUAAAGGGGACUGACAUGGCAGGGUCAAAAAAUGGGCUUACAGGAACUGGAACUGUGGAGAUCAAGAUCCUGGACAUCAAUGACAACAUCCCUACUCUAGAGAAGUCUGAGGUGAUACAUAAUAAUACACAUGCAUACUCAUGCAUUCAUGCACACAUGCAUGUGCACACACACAAAAAUGUCAAAGCUCUUGAGAGGAAAUUUCAUUAUAUGUUAAUUCUGGUGCCCCCUAAGGACAAAACAAGCCUGGUACAUCCAGUCUCAUGCGUGCUCCAUUACUGAAUUUUGAAAAAAAUAAAAUAAAAUCUCAUCCUCCAGACUUUUGACAGUCAAAUGUGACACUGAACAUAUCAUGUGUUGUGAACAUUUUGUGGAGAAAUUGAAAAUCAGGGCUGUUUCUUCAGCAGCGCAGCUGACACCUAGUCCCUGGCCCCAGUUUUGGACAUUAAAAAUUUGGAUAUUUAAAUUGUCAAUAUUGUCACACAUUAUUUUGCUUUUGAAUAUCAUUAAAAUUCUGCAAUAAAAUGUGAAAAAACUCCUCAUAUGACCUUUAAACUACUAACUUUAUUCAGCCUGUAAACCUGCGGCUAUUUGACCCAAAUGUUAACAAUCUGGUUAAGAAGCAGGGAAACCAAGAGAAGUCGCUUAAACAAUACUGUGGCAAUGUAACUACCAGCAAAUGGAGGACUCUACGAAUCAUCUGGUCCUAAUUGGGUCAUACAGAUGAAAAAGUUCUUAAAUUGUUCAAGGGUUUUGAACUCAAUCUAGUCAUGCACUUUCACAGAGUUUCAUUCUUUCAGUGGUGUGAAUGGUCUCAGCCAGACAGCAGACAUACACCAUUUUGACCUUAACCCUGUUUGCAGUAUGACGGCUCAGUGGAUGAAAAUGUUGCCAAUGUCAUUGUGAUGAAAAUCAAAUCUCUGGACCAAGACCUAAUUCACACAGACAACUGGCUGACCAACUUUAAAAUCAUCCAAGGAAAUGAGGAUAACCUCUUCUCUAUUGAGACGGACAAAGAAACCAAUGAGGGCAUCCUGAAGCUAAUCAAGGUACUGUGUGUUUUCUGGUAUUUACAGUGUAAACUGUUAUUUACUCUUACAGCUGUAACUAACACAAGUCCUUAAUAGUUGUUCCUGCUUAUCUUCUCUUGCUGAUCUCAAAAUCUUAUAUCUUGGAACAAACAGGCAGUGGAUUUUGAGGAAGUCCAGAAUCUUGAGCUUGGCCUGGAAAUUGAGAAUGUGGCACCUUUUGUAGAAGGCGGGCCCAUAGUGAUGGAUGUUGAUGUUCAGGUUGGAGAGGGUGGUGGGGCUGGAGCAGGGGCUGGAGCUGGAGCUGGAGCUGGAGCUGGAGCUGGGGCUGGUGCUGGAGCCAGUGUGGAUGUGGAUGCAGGGGCAGAUUUAGACGUUGGGGUGGAUGCAGGGCUAGGUGUAGGAGUGGAUGCAGGGCUGGAUGUAGGAGUAGAUGCAGGAGUGGAUGCCAGUGUGGAUGCCAGUGUGGAAGCAGGGGCAGAUAUUGGGGUGGAUGCAGGACUUAAGCCGGGAGUUGGAGUUCAUCCCGAUGUCGGGCCUGGUGUAGGUGUUGGGCUUCAUCCUGAUGUUGGGCCUGGUGUAGGUGUUGGGCUUCAUCCUGAUGUUGGGCCUGGUGUGGAUGUUGGGCUUCAUCCUGAUGUUGGGCCUGGUGUGGGUGUUGGGCUUCAUCCUGAUGUUGGGCCUGGUGCUGGUGUUGGGCUUAAACCAGGUGGAAAACCAAGGCCAAAGAAAAAGCCAAAGCCAAAGAAAAAGCCAAAAAGCUAUCCCAUCAAGAUAGCAGUAAACAAUGUACCAGAGGGUCCGGCUUUUGUACCCGACACCAAGAACGUUCCUGUAUCAGAAGAUCCAAAUGAAGCACCAGAGGAUGGAGUCAUCACAGUGUUUGCUGCAGUUGAUCCAGACACUGGAAAACCAGCUGAGGAUGUAAGGUUGGUACAGUUAGAGUUAACAUUGUGUAACAGAAAACUAUUAGACUCAAGUUCACCGGCAUCUCUGGAGUCAGGCCAACUACAUUAUGGCUAUUUGUUUAGCUCUGAGUAUAAAAGAAAUGGAACAUCAUCCCCAUGUCUACUGUUGAGGUCAGACUAUUAGUUUGAUUUGUAGAUCACUGUGACAGAUCAGGUGAUCACAGAGCCAAAAACUUGACUGACCAACACCGCAGACAACCUGAUGAUACCUCACCAAUCACCAAUGACUACAAGGCACUGACAUCAUCAUCUGUUCAAGAGAAGUGUAGCUUUAUCAACUGCCCACUGAGACUAUGUAUUGUUCAUCUGUAUGUAUGAUGAUGUACAAGCUUUAUGCUAAUGCAAACAGCAGUCACAGUGUUGCUUAAGUGUGUCUGUUAUUUUUACCAACCUUUAUCUUUUUUCAGUCUUUUAUGGUUGUUGCUUGAUCAUGAUCAUAAAAUGUCCCCUGAGCUUGAAAAACUUUUCUUCUGUCUUAUAGUUCCAUCUCAUAGCACCAAUUUCAUCAUUAUUGUAUUGUGUUGCUAUUUUGAUUAAUUACUUUUGUGUUAAGUUCUAUUGGCUGUCAUCGGUCAAUGUCACAGACAUGAUGAAAUAAAGAAAAAAAAUCAAACAUGGUAGACUUCCUAUUGAGAGGUCAAAAAGCCUAGGUUGUUGUCUACUAUGACAAACUACAGAGGAUAAAAUGAAUUUACCAUGGCCAACGUGGUCUACAGAUCUAUGUCUGCAAGCGUGGGAUCUAAUCACAAAUACAAGGUGAAGUCUAAAUUUACCAUAAUAGCAUGUAGCUUUAGCAAGUAAAUAUCUUGCUUAGAUUAAGUUUAAGCCAAUUUUGCUUCAUGCUGCUGGUAAAAGUACUGCCAGCCAAGUUUUCGACCCAAAUGUCCAAAAUAAACUUCUUGUGCUUCACCAUUGUCUGUUAUCGUUUUUACAUUAAUCAGUUCUUUUCUUUUAUUUGAUAUUUUUUAUGUGCACCAGUUAUGCCAAAGCCUAUGAUCCAGAUAACUGGUUCACCAUUGAUGAUGAAACAGCUGAGAUAAAACUCAACAAGGUACCUGACAGGGAAUCACCAUUCUUGGUCAAUGGUACCUACAUUGCCAAGAUUCUGGCCAUCACCAAAGGUAACUCAGUCAACACUUAGGUUUUAUGACUUUCCUCUUGAUGAAUACUUUGCUGAAGAAUUUUUUUUUAUUACCUUUGAUUUAUUACCUUUGUGUUGAUGAGUAGAAUAAGUGGUUCGUGAACAUACUUUCCAGAAGAGCUUAAUGAACUGAAGUGCAUUGAUCUCUGACUGAACCUGUUAAACAACCUUGACACUCAAGGUGUGUCACCUAUAUAAGCAAAAGAAGCCCAGGGGCAAAAUAAUGUACACCAACCGCCAGUUUUAAACAGAACUCAGGGCAAUCUGUGAGAAGAAAACAUUAGACAAGUACACUGAGUUUUGGGUUAUUCAGAUAUGUAUAGAAGACCAUGUUGUCUGAAAAAUUGGUCUUUUUCAGCAGGGUGAAGUAUAGUUGAUUUGCCAGACUACUUUUUUUACUUUUUACUUUUUUUGCCAGAUCUAUGGUAAUUUCACUUUGUGUACUAUCCAAGUCAGACACAAGUCAUCUGGACCUCCUGACUACAGAGCUGAUAUUGUGUUGUUGUGACUUCGGGGUGUAUGUGUUGUCUAUUGACUAAACUGUACUUUUUCUCAGACAUGCCAGCAAAGACAGCCACAGGAACAAUGGCCAUCCAAGUGACUGAUUCCAAUGACCACUGUCCCACCCUGACCACCACUCAGGAUAGUCUGUGCACUGAUGGGAAAACUGUUUAUGUAACUGGCUCUGAUGAGGACGUCUUUCCUAAUGCUGCUCCAUUCACAUUCAGGAUCAUUCCAGAGGGGACACAAGGAUCCUGGGACAUAGAAAUGAUCAAUGGUGAGUGAAAUGUGCACCAAGUGAUGUUCUGCUAUGUUGAAAAAGUCAGAGGAAAAAAGGGUGACAAAGGGUGACAUAUAAUCUCAGUAGCGUAGUCAGUACUUAAGUUAGCCUUUUGGAUCCAGAUGUAUUUUUCAGUCUCUCUAUCAUUUAAAUAAGAGUCAAGGUAUAUACAUUUGGGGUCAAGCUUCACAAAAUGAGAUGCUUUCAAAGUGCAGUUCCACCAUAGUUUUACAAUGAACUCAUACUGUUUUCAUUGUAUUUCAUCAAAGCCUAUUGGGUAAAAGCCUGAAACACAAAUUCAAUAUUGGGACUUUAAUGUGUUAUACAAGUAGUUACAGCCUUCAUAAAGAAUGCAACACUAUUACUGCUAGUAUGAGCACCUGCGUUAUUGACAGUUGUAGAAAUUUUGAUUUAACAGUCUAUUGUGUCCGUUUUUGACAGAAACAACUGCUGCUUUUCAUUCACGUGAAACCCUGUGGCCUGGCGUAUAUGAGCUGCAGCUGGAGGUAUCGGACACUCAGGGUCUUUCCUGCCCAGACAAUGAGGCUUUUACAGUAGAUGUUUGUAUCUGUGGGGAAGAAAAGGACUGUUCUUUGAAGGCAGCACGACUGACAGCUACCUCAGUAGACCUUGGUGCCCCAGCCAUCGGGUUGCUGCUCACGGCAAUGUGCUUACUGCUGUGUAAGUUGAACUGCAGCAAAUACACUAAAAAUAUGCACAAAAUUCAUAGACUAAAUAAACUGGUUCAGAAAAUCUUUAGAACAAAAUGUGUAGAACACUCUUGUAUGGAGUACCAUUGCUGUCAAAUGUCAUAACCUUGACACUUUAUAUCCAUGUUUGAAAACUUAAUACGUAAAUAAAUGCUUUGUACCCCAAAAAAUGGUUUGGUGAACACGAGUCUGCAAAUUAUGAAUGUAUUUAUGUGCGUAUGAAUCUAAAAGCUACGACUUCAAGCAGUCACAAAUGUGCAUCUGAUUUCUAUGCAUAUGAACUUGAGUCUUUGGGUACGAGGCAAAAAGCAUUCAAAUAACAUCACCAGAGCCGCAGGCAGGUGGUAGGGAGACUUAACUGAGCCAUGAAAGUCACUGUAAAUUGACAUUGGUUGUGUAUGCAGUAUUUACUUAAGUAAUGUUAUGUAGUACUACACACAGGACUGGACAUCUUUAUAUAGCAUACAGCUAAAGCAAAGCUUUUAAACAAGGCUUAGCUGUCGACAUAACUGACCGAAAAUGCUUUACAUUUAUUCCUGGCAAGACUAAAUGUUUUUUGUUGUAUAUAGUGUUUGGUGUUCAGCGUCACACUGGUUUACGUUCCAAACACACCACUCUCAUAGUGAGGGCUUGACCGCUUGUUUUACACAUGAGAAAUCUUUAGCUUGGAACUAAGUAGGCUGAUGCUAUAGCAUGUAUGUGUUUAAAACAUUUAUUUUGUUAUCAAGUGUUAUCAAAAUGAUACUGGAAUGCCGAUUUAUCGAUACCGAGUCGGAGCGCAGCAUUCCUGUUGUCAGCCAUCAUUGUGUAUGUGCAACUGGUGGAAUCUGGGAUCAGUUAAGUCACCCUACCACCUGCCUGUGGCCUCAGUAAUGUCAUUUAAUGCUUUACGCCUCAUACCCAAAGACUCAAGUUCAUAUGCGUAAAAAUAAGAUUUAUAUUUGUAACUGCUUGAAAUCAUAGCCAUUAGAUCCAUACUCACAAAAAUACAUUCAUAAUUUGCUGACUCAUACUUCCCAAACCAUUUUUGGGGUAGGAAGCAUUUAUUUACGCAUAAAGUUUUCAAACACGGACACAAAGUGUUAAAGUUACGCAUACAGACAUUUGACAGCAACAGUACUCCAUACACUUGAGGGGUUCUCUUCUACUCUAAACUGAUUCGAAUGUUUGGAUUCCCUCUUCAGUCAUCCCUCUGCUCCUGCUGUUCUGUCAGUGUGGAGGAGCAGACACUAUCUUCCCUGAUCAGUUUAGCGAUCUGCCGUUUGAUGCCAAAGAACAUCUCAUAUCAUACCAUACCGAAGGCAAAGGGGAGGAUAAGGUUGGCUCUCAUUUUCUUUUUUGUUUAUUUGUUUAAUUUUUUUCCUUUUUUGUUUUGUGGAAAAAAUAUGUUUUUCCCCCUAGAUUUGUCCACUGAGUUUUUUUCUUUAAGAAGUGCAUAAAGAAAUUCUGCUAGAGUCUGACUGACUAAUCUAAAAUAGUGGAAAAAUGUAAAAUAAAUAGGCAAGUCCUUUAUAAGUACAGCAUGUUACUCCCAUACCACAUUGAAUGCUAUACAUAAUGAAGUAUUGCAAUUUCUAUUGCUUGAAUUGUUAGACAAAACAAUUUUAAAAACAAUGACUUGAUCUGUUGAUUAAUACUCAUUUCUUUUUUAUACAUAAUUUAAUUCCAGGAAGUACCACUUCAAAGUGUCCCUAUCAUGCUGGCCAACCAGAAGAAGGUUGCAGCUGGAGCAACACUAACUUUCAAUGCUGCUACUGCAAAAAAGAUAGAGAUUUACCAAACCCACAGCUACAAUGAAUCUAUGCAGCGCCUUCAGGAGGCCAGCCAAAAUCUGAUACAGGUUGACAAUCCCUACAGAUUUUCAAGGGAAUCGUUCAGACAUGGCUAUGGUAGCAACAGACAACAACAACUUGAUAUGCAACAAAAAACAACUCUGUAUGAGGACAUAGCCCUACCAAGUGCUUUUCUUAACGAGUACUACUCACAGGUACUGUGUUUUCUUAACCACAUGCCAUCAUAUGUUCACAGGCUCUUUGACAAUGUUUUUAUAUGCUGUUUCUUUGCCUGUCACAGAAAGUGGGGUGUGCCGUGCCAGUGAAGGAUAGUCUGCUGGGGUAUGAGUUUGAAGGGAGGGGCUCCCCUACAGGAUCAGUGGGCUGCUGCAGCCUCCUGGAGUCUCACAAUGACCUGCAGUUCCUCAAUGACCUCGGGCCAAAAUUCAGGACUCUGGCUGAGAUUUGUUCCCCUGCAACACCUGCAUCCAGACCAUUCCUGACAUGCAAAGUGGCAGGCAGUGUCCAACCAACAGCUGGUUUUGUCAAACAGUUUGUUAAGUCAAAAGUUGAGUCAAAGCACACCAACAUAAAGACAGAGAAAGUCAUCUCAUCUACCAACAUCUCCAAAUCAUCUGCAAGCACUGUAAGCACUGUUCAUCCUCAGUCUAAGGUCACUAAUGUCAGCCAUUCUACUAAUAUGAGUCACUCUGUUACACUGCCACAUCAAACUCAGACAGUAAUACUACAGCAGCAGCCAGUUUACUACACUACGAGCCCUGUACUACAGCCCAUGCACUAUGUUGUUCAGUCACCACUGCAGAGCCCUGUUCUGUUAGCAGAUGGGACUCAUGGAACCAAUUUCUCUGGCAUGUAUCUGGUUGAGAGUCCCAGAACACCUACCAUCCCUGGCAGUCCAGUCAGCUCCACCCUGUUGCUAUCUGUUGGGCAAGGCAUGUCUCCAAGCUCAGUCCCUGGAGAUGCCUGGAAAAUAAUUGGGCCCCAGCCUGAUGGUAAUUAUGUAUUAGUGAAGGACAAAAGUGGUCCAGGUGAGGCAGAGGAGGGGGUCCCAGGUUCACAUCAGGGCACUUUGCCAAGGGGUGCUAUCCUGGUUAAGGAGGCUGCUCCCCCUCAGGGGGUGAUAGGCCCAGCAGCCCAGGGUAGUGUGAUUGGUGUUCUGCCUGGACACACUGUUUCUAGACAAGGGAGAGUUGUUUCAACAACUACAAAUCUGGGGCAAACAUGGGUUGGGCAGCCAGGGCCUGUGGCUGUUUUGGGGGUUGGGCAAGGAAUGGUGAAGGGACAAGGGGUAGCAGUGAACCCAGGGGUACAGCAGGGUGGAUUUGUGCCAGCAGGGAUAAACCCAGUCAGGGUUAGGCAUGAGGAUAUAAACCAGUUUCAAGGAAUUCCUCCAUUGGGACAAACAGCAGCUCCAAGUGGUAUUCCAGAAACCCCAAAGACUACUUUGCCUUUUGAGGUUGAGGCUGAAGUAAGAAGUCUUUCUGGAGAUAACAGUAAUGCAGUCCAAAACAAAAAUGAUGACAGAACUGCAGAAACUCAACCAGAGGACGUGAUCACCCACACCUCAUUAACACUGGAUGAUGAGAUUCCCAGUGAUGUGGUCCAAAAUACAUGUGCAGACAAUGAGGGGAACCAAGAAUAUCCAAACCAAACUUCAGACAAAUCUUUAAUCGUUAAUUUUGAGGAUAAAGGCGGAAAACCAUUGCAAGGGGCAGAUAUACCCCAGCAGUCUGACUCACCGGUUGAGGUACCAGGAGAUCCAGUGAAUGAAACCAUGCCUGAUCAACAAACUGAAGUUGUCAAGGCUCUUGAAGGCUUAUCCAACAAUGAGACAAGCCAGACAAAUGAAUCAAAUAACCCACAAGAGAACACAGAGGGAGAAGCCGCGGUUCCACAAUCAGAACAGCUAGAAAAUCUUGUUUGUUCUGAUUAUGUUUCUGUGCCCACAGAAGCAUUGCAUCCUGUAUUAGAUGUUGCAAAUUUUCCUGAAGUACGCAUAGAAAAAGAGGAGGGAACAGUAUUUCCGGUAGAAGAGAUACCCACACUGACCUCAGACCAGAGCAAAAUUAUGGAAGAAAUUGUGAAAGAAGAGGUCAGAGGACUUAUAUCCAGUGAUGUUGAUAGUGCUCAUUCAGAUGGAAGCCUUGAAGUUAUGUUACAACCUCAAUCAUGUGGAGUCAAAGAAGAUCAGAGUAGAGAAGUGCCAGAGGAGGACUCCAGUCCAGCAAAUCAAGCUGUUGUUCUCUCUGCUAUUGACCAGGAAGGGGAGGAUGGUAUGGAAACAACUCCAAUCAACAGUGACAUCCACAAGGAGGAUAAUUCUAAGCUGGAGCACCCAUCAAAUUUUGAACUGGGAGUCCUCAGUGAUGAUGAACUGCUAGCAAGCCUCCAAAAUGUAAUUCCAACUGACCCGGUGGAAAAGUCUGUGGAAAGGUCCACAGGUAAAGAAGAAGUGGUUCCAGAAUUCCAGGAGAUUCACACCAGCACAGAUCCAACCGAAGCUGAAGAAAAAACACUAGAGUUAAAGUCUGGGCAAACUGUUGGCACACUUUUAACAAACCAAGAAGAUAGAAAUCUGGUUGAUCCAAAUUUGAUAUCAUCAGCUGUCGAAUCCAUUUGUGAGGCAAAACUAGAAGACUCUAAUGAGCCAAAUAUUUCCGCGCCUGAGCAACAUCUGCAAUCCACGAAAGAAAGUAAGUCUAACACUGAGGAGGGUGAUAGCCAGCCAAACAUGACACCAGGAUCAGAAAUAGAUGAGGGUCAAGUCAAUGCAGAUGUAGAAUGUAGAAGUGAUAGAGACAAAGAGGAGACAAGUGGGCAGGAACAAUUGUCACCUAAGGUUUUAAGCACCUCAGAUGACCCUAGUGAGGACAUUGAGAAACAAGAUGCAUUUAGCACAAGUUCUCAAAUGGAGGAAAAGCUUAUCUCAUCAGACAAUAUUGCUGAUGGAGAGGCACUUGGUGAUGCUGUUGAGGGAAAAGCAUCUGCAGUACAGCAAGAAGUAGGCUUCUCAGAUGCAAAGGAAGUGGAUGAAACCUUGAUCUCAGAUGACAGAAAUGUUCAAGAGAAAGAAGAGCAGACUGAAGAAGCAGCUGUUUCACCUGUGCAGCAAAGUAUAAGUAGCACAGACAACCAAGAGGAAGAGAGUACACUUGAUGACCAGCUUGUUGUAGAUAGCACAGAUAUUGGAGAGAAAGUGGGGGGUAUCAUAGAAGAAGUGGCCUUGUCUGUACAGAAAUAUGUUGGUGAUGAUGUUGACAGUGGAAAGGAAUAUGAAGAGAGUGCUAUUUCCCAGAUGGAGGGUCAGUUUGUCUCAGAAGACAACAAAGGAUAUGAGGAGAAGGUUGGGGAUAGUCUAGAAAAUGAAGUUUUGCCCCAAAUGACUGCCAUCUUAAGUGAAAGUGUCAGUGAUGGAGAAACCACUGUUCAAGAGGCACCAUCCCUCCAUCAGGCAAUCAGCAUUUCAGGUGGCAAAGACGAGGAAAGUAAAAAUAAGGAUCUUUCAGAAAGUUCUCAGUUGCAGGAUCAGUUUGUGUGCACAGAUGAAGACCGUGUCCAAGAAAAAGUGGAGAAUAAUGUUUCAUCAUCUUUGCAAGCAAAUGAUAAAGUUGAAGGUCAGCAAGAAACUCAAAUUGCAAAAGAUGAUGCACCCAGUAUUAGCUCUAUUUUAGAGGAUGCAGGCACAGAGUCUCACAAGCUGUUGAAAGAGGAAUCUGAGACUUUUGUAUCUGAACUUUUAACUAAGGAAGAUUCUCAUGCAGGAAGUCCACACCAAGAGAUGGAUCAAGAGGCAGCACCAUCAAUUGUGUCUGAAACUCAAAUGCAAGAAAUGGAAGAAAAAAACAUUGACAAUGUUAUUCAAGAUGUUUUGAUCAGUGUUAAUUUAGAAGAUUUCACAUCUCCAGAGGAAGUGGGAACUUCUAAAGUGGCCACAGGACAAGUUUCUAAAUCCAGGGAAGAUGGAGAGGCCUGUAGUAAUGAACUGGUGUCUGGUCAAGUUGCUGAAGUUGAAAAUUUUCAUUUUGAUCAACAAGAAGCAGAUGCUGUCCCAACUGAACAAGGUGUGGAUGGAAAACCUAUUUUAGAGAAAGGAAAUGAGGAGGACAUACCUGAACAAGUGGCUGGAGAGAAAGUAGAGGAUGCAUCUAGUCAGGUUGCACCAACAUAUCCAGAGAGUACAGUGGUGGAGGAGAUCACAGCUUCAGUGGUGGACACAGUUUCAGGCUUGGAAGAGACUGGAGCUGUGAGCUCCUCAGCAGCUGAGGUAGCUGUGGUGGCAGGAGCUGAAGCUGGGUGCCUUGUGGAGAAUGAAAAUAUACACAUGCCUGAAGUAGCAUCAAGGGUGAGCCCAAACUGUGCUGAUGAAUCAAGUUCAGCGGAGGUGGCCUCUAAAGCUGCCACUGAUGUGCCUGGAGCUGAAGCAGGUGGUGGUCAGGCAGGUCCUGAACAGCCUCUGGCUAUCAUUAUUCAACCUAUCAGAAACAAAUCCAGAAAAGGUAAGAAGGACCCCAAGAGUCCAAAGAGUUCAAAAAGCUCAUCUGGAAAGUGUAAGCAACAGUGA